GCGGAACAGCGCGGCGUGGAAGAGCGGCUAUAAACGGCGCGACAAAGUAAACGCUCUGUGAGCAUUUCCAACAAGCAACGAAGGGAAUGUAACCAGCAAAGCAAAAGGAAAAAGAAAUUGAUAAAUAUUGCAACAGCUACAAAAACAAAUAAAAAAGCGACCACACACGUGCGCCACUGCUCACACGCACACACACCUACAUGCAACGUUUAACCCACCAACGAGCACAAACAAAACGAAAAGCGUGCAUUUAAAGUAUUGAGUGACAGUCGCAUAUGAGCCACUGGGACUGAGAGCUGACAAUGACAAUAUCCGAAACAGCGGAAGCGGAUAUCAAUGCACUGUAAACCAGCGCUUGAAUGGCAAAACUGACAGCAGUGACGAGCGGCAGUUUACAACCUUUGCUUCCGCACAGCUCGCCCCUAUUAACCCCAUACAGCGCGAUAGCGGAGAUGGCCGGAAGCGCGCACGAGGCAAAUUUCGAUAGUCACAGCGCAAACAAUAAAUUAUUGAGCGCUUUAAUCGACGACAACAACAACCACAUCAACGCUGACGACAACCGUAACACAAGCAUAGCGAGCAAUUUGAGCGCCACCAUCACUACAGUAGGUUCAAAUGUGACGCGCGUUUUGUACACAUACUUUCAAAAUAUCACCGAACCGCAAGGCUAUGCGGCCGCCGCCACCACAACGACAACAACAGCGGCAGCUGCCAGUAAGAGCGUCAGCGACAGCACAACAACAGCAAGAUUGCACAGUCUCAUCAGCAAUGCCGCUGAGCCACAAAUUGGCAGCAAUGAUUUGCCGACGACGUCUCAAAGUGUGAGCGCUACGCUGCUCGCCACCGCCAAAACAUUGCUGCAAGCGCCACUCAGCGCGUCCGCGAAUGCAACGCGCGCAGCAACGGUGUUGGCGAAUGCAACCGCGUCCAUAUCAGCCUCCGCCGCGACCUAUGCCACCGAACUGCUGAACUCGACACUGUCGCGAACGCUGUCGACGAGCGGGAGUGGCGCGAGCGCGGCGCCUAGCAGCAUCGUUUUGACCACCUCGCCCAAUGUCACCUACCUGCCACAUCAGGUCGCCAUACGCAGCUUCGAGGACUGCGCGGCGCUCUUCGCCAAUUACACGCAGCCGCAGAAUG